UAUUGCCAAAUCAGCUAGGUUGGUCCGUCUGGUAGAAAAUUUUGUGAAAUCUGAUUAAUUAUAUCCUUAAUGAAUUUAGAUUGAUACAGCUCCAAAUUGCUAGUGUAUCUAGCUUUUAAUCGUCAUAUGUAAUCUUGAACAGUGAUAUGGCGACCUAUGAAGAGUUUAUUCAACAAAAUGAGGAUAGGGAUGGUAUAAGGUUUACGUGGAACGUGUGGCCAUCCAGUAGAAUCGAAGCUACAAGGCUUGUUGUUCCUUUAGUCUCUCUUUAUCAACCUUUAAAGGAACGGCCAGAUCUUCCUCCAAUUGAAUAUGAACCUGUACUAUGUACACGUAAUACUUGUCGGGCUGUGCUAAAUCCUAUGUGCCAGGUUGAUUAUAGAGCCAAACUAUGGGUGUGCAACUUCUGCUUCCAAAGAAAUCCAUUUCCUCCACAAUAUGCAGCCAUAUCAGAGCAACAUCAGCCAGCUGAAUUGGUUCCACACUUUUCUACAAUAGAGUACACUAUAACGAGAGCUCAAAGUAUGCCUCCAAUUUUCUUAUUAGUUGUGGAUACAUGCCUAGACGAGGAAGAAUUAGGAGCUCUCAAAGAUUCCCUUCAAACAUCGCUUAGUUUAAUGCCACAAAAUGCACUAGUUGGACUUAUUACAUUUGGCCGAAUGGUACAAAUUCAUGAACUUGGUACUGAAGGCAUAUACAAAUGCUAUGUAUUCAAAGGGACGAAAGAUUUGUCAGGAAAACAAAUACAAGAGCAACUUGGUAUUGGUCGUGUUAAUGCACCGAAUCCUCAACAACGUACAGGAGCACCAGCACCUCAACCACCAGCUCACCGUUUCCUCCAACCUGUAAAACAAUGUGACAUGGCUCUUACUGACUUACUUAGUGAACUUGGCCGGGAUCCAUGGCCAUUAGGUGUAGGCAAGCGCCCCUUACGAAGCAGUGGUGUUGCACUCUCGUUGGCUGUGGGCUUAUUAGAAGUAACCUAUCCCAAUACUGGUGCAAGAAUUAUGAUGUUCCUCGGUGGACCAUGCUCUCAGGGUCCAGGUCAAGUAGUCAAUGAUGAACUGAAACAGCCUAUUAGGUCUCAUCACGAUAUUCACAAGGAUAAUGCGAAAUAUAUGAAGAAAGCCAUUAAGCACUAUGAAGCUUUGUCAUUGAGAGCAGCUACUAAUGGUCAUGCCAUAGAUAUAUACUCCUGUGCAUUGGAUCAAACCGGUUUGAUGGAGAUGAAACAGUGUUGCAAUUCCACAGGUGGGCAUAUGGUGAUGGGAGACUCUUUCAACUCUUCAUUGUUCAAACAAACAUUCCAAAGGGUUUUUGCAAAGGAUCAGAAGGGGGACUACAAAAUGGCCUUCAAUGGAACCUUGGAAGUAAAAUGCAGCCGUGAACUUAAAAUUUCUGGUGCAAUUGGUUCCUGUGUAUCACUCAAUGUAAAGGGUCCAUGCGUAUCUGAUCAAGAGGUGGGAAUGGGCAACACUUGUCAAUGGAAAAUGUGCACAUUCACGCCCAGCACUACCAUGGCUAUAUUCUUUGAGGUGGUAAACCAGCAUGCAGCGCCUGUGCCUCAAGGCGGACGGGGAUGCGUUCAACUCAUAACGCAAUACCAGCACUCGAGUGGAAAGCGUCGUGUGCGCGUCACUACUGCCGCUCGGAACUGGGGCGACGCGGCGGCCAACCUGCACCACAUCGCGGCCGGUUUCGACCAGGAGGCGGCGGCGGUGGUCAUGGCGCGCCUCGUGGUGUACCGCGCAGAGCAGGAGGACGGACCCGACGUGCUGCGCUGGCUCGACCGGAUGCUCAUCAGGCUGUGUCAAAAGUUUGGCGAAUACGCGAAAGACGAUCCGAACAGCUUCCGUCUCUCAGAAAACUUCAGCCUGUAUCCGCAAUUCAUGUACCACCUGCGACGUUCGCAAUUCCUACAAGUCUUCAAUAAUUCACCCGAUGAAACAACGUUCUAUAGGCAUAUGUUAAUGCGUGAAGACUUAACGCAGUCCCUGAUUAUGAUACAGCCGAUUCUGUACUCAUACAGUUUCGGAGGACCGCCCGAGCCGGUGCUGUUAGAUACAUCCUCUAUACAACCAGAUCGCAUUCUACUUAUGGACACAUUCUUCCAAAUCCUUAUCUAUCAUGGCGAGACGAUAGCUCAGUGGCGCGCCCUGCGCUACCAGGACAUGGCGGAGUACGAGAGCUUCGCGCAGCUGCUGCGAGCGCCCGUGGACGACGCGCAGGAGAUCCUACAGAGCCGCUUCCCCGUGCCGCGCUACAUCGACACCGAGCACGGCGGCUCGCAGGCGAGGUUCUUAUUAUCGAAGGUCAACCCGUCUCAGACACACAACAACAUGUACGCGUACGGAGGGGCGAUGCCGAUACCAUCAGCGGACGGUGGCGCCCCCGUGCUGACAGAUGACGUUUCCCUUCAAGUUUUCAUGGAACAUUUGAAAAAGUUAGCCGUGUCAUCAACUGCUUAAUUAUAAAUUAAUGUAUAUUUCAAAACUUUCCGAUAUAAUCAAUACAUGAAAUUAAUUAUA